AUGGAUGAGGAAGAGGAGGGAGAGGAGGAAGAGGAAGAUGAGGAGGAGGAGGAAGUGGACGAAGAGGAUUCACAUGAGAGAGGUCGAAAAGUUUGGCACGACGGUGCUGCUUCUAAGAAGCCGCCGCCGCCAAGUCGAAGUCUCAUCAGACCCAUCCCAUUCAAUAAUCCCAUCCAGGAAUCCUCACCCUUGCCGACUGAAGUGAAAGGUAACUCAACCCCAGCCCCGGACCCAAACACGACUGAGGGAAUCGACUCUCAUUCCGUUUCAGAGGAAUCUCAAGAAACAGAUCCAAUCACACUCUCCCAAGGUGCUUUUCAGAACGUGAAUUCAAGCUUUGGACGAGAGACAGAAAGCCUCCAACCUAAUUUCAUUCCUAAUGAAUAUGACCUUCAGUCAACAUCACCCGAUAGGGAGUUGGAAAACCCAGAUGCCUCUUUAUUGGAUUCCACUGCCGCGUUUCAUGAUUUAGCAUCAAAUGUUUCAUGGGAAGAUGUUACAAAAAAUUCUGAAAACACCAUGUUCGAAGGCAUUUGGGAUACCAAUUCCUCUUAUUGGUACGAGGACGGAAUGGCAGAAGAUAACGAUACAGAUUCCCUACAUUCGCUCAAAAAUGAGGCCGAUGAAGAUUCAAGUCAGCUUCAGCCCCCAGCAAUCUUUGGAUGGAGUUCAGCCUUUCAGAGUUUGAAUAAAGAAGGAAGUAGAGGUUGGUCGGAGAAUCUCAAUGCCAUCAAAAAGUCCUGUGGAGGCCAGUGCCUCUCUUAUGAGCUCAUUACAUCACUUGACGUUUAUGAGGUGAGGAAAUAUCCUUCAACUGCUUGGGCAAGCACAGUCGUAGUGACUGAAUCCAGACUCCUGGCCCAACUACAAGCAUAUCAUCAGCUACAGGAAUACUUGAAUGGGACCAAUGAUCCAGGUCUCCAACUGAAUGUCAGCUUCCCAUUUUUGACUCAAAUACAAGCUUCUAGGCAUCCUGGAGUGCUGCAGGAGUUGAUAGAUUACACUAUCUCCAUUCCCCUCUUGGGACUGAACACAGAACCACCAAGACCACUAAGUCAUGCAAUUCAAAUUGAUCGUCUCGAGAGCCACACUGUGUUUGUCCAGUCUUGGAGGUCUCUGCUGUGGCAAAUGACAGAAGAUGUAGUCAGAAAGAAAUCAGAAGACUUCAUGAAUCUCUUGCGACUUCAUGGGCAUUCCUUCUUUGACAGAUACACCUACUUGGCUCUUUAUGCUCUGCCCUGGACAGCAGAAGAGAGUAUAUAUGAACUUUGGAUUUAUGGAAGUACACCAAGUCACUUUCCUCCAAGGGGAAACAGAAGAGGAAGGACCUCAGUAUCAGUUGUAACAGAUCCACCUCCUUCAGUCAUCACUACACAGAUGAAAAAGCAGCUCUGUCGAGGAAUCAACUCAAACCUAGAAGUGAUAGAAGCCACACGUCCUGUGGGUCUGGUGAGGGUAGCAAACACAGGAGAUCCUGAAUGCCCCCGGAACAUUACUGUUGCUUUCUACCUCCCUCAAAGAAUCCAAGCAAACCCACCCCAGCGAGGCCCAGCAGCUCCUAUGGUGCACAUAUCAUACCUGGAGGAUCUGAUUGUUUAUGUGUGGCCAGUUGGGGGAUACCUCCUGGAGCCAAAACGUGUUCAUGCAGAGCUGCAGCGCUUUAGAACCCGUCUCACACAGUCAUGGCAGAGGACUCUAUGCCUUGGGAUAUCCUGCUUGCAAUUAUUCAUUCAAGCAAAUUACACGGGUCCCCAACUGGAUCCAUCGUGUUUACCCUUGGAGAUAAGAGAUCAUGCAAAGCUGGAGGCUUCAGUGUCUUUUCUUGCUUGUGAAGAUGGAAUUCAUCACAUGACCAAAUAUCCUGAACUUAUGUGGAUAGCCAAGGUUAUCCUCAUAGAUGGCUCAUUCACUUCUCAUCUCCCUACUCAUGGAAUUUGGAGCUUGAGGUGCAUUCAGGUAAUGCAGCAACUCCUUGAAGAGCCCAGUCCAACCCUUCAUUCCAAGGCAGAAAAGGUCGUAGGGGAAUUGCUAUCCUCUGAUUUCCUGAAAGAGAAUCCCCUGCUUCAUUCCAUAUUUGAUCUAGAGGUGGCCUGGCACUACCUUUCAUAUGGAUUUGUUGGGAAAGCACAAACUCACUUGCAGUCAUGUUUGAAGAGCAUAGGUCUCAGUGUGAACCUCACAGGUAAGAUGGGGAGGAGGACAAAAUUUCAAAAGAUCCCUAUGGCUCAGUUGACCAUUGAUGUAGGCAAAGCAAAAGGUGAAAAUGCUGCUGAAGGUCUUCAUCUACAUUCUGCUCAUCUACCAAAGGAUGUUGCCUUGGAUGAUGAUGUGAGACUCGAUAAGGUCAAAUUUGAAGACUUUGUUUCACAAGGAAGUCAACAAAUAACAACCAUGGAUCAGGCUGCUAUUCUCACUCUAUGUGCAUUGAAGCAGCAAUCCAGUGCCAAGGAUGAUCUUUCUGUUGAGGAACUUACUACCUAUCUCAGUUGUGUUCUAGAACAGCCCUACUGCUGGUCAAUACACUUCUCCGCUCUUUGGAUGCGGAGUCUGCUUGAGGGUUCUGCCGAUCGGACAAGAGAGCGUGCCAUGCUUCAGCUCCAGGAAUUGGCAGAUGCUGUGAAUCGAGAAGAACCACCUCCACAAGAUCGCCUUAGGUAUUUCUUCCAAUGUCGCAUUCCAACUGUAUGGAAUCUCCAGAGAAAGCUGGGUCAGAGUCUCAUGAAUGUUGGAGCAGUAAAAAGUGCAUUGGACAUCUUCCUACCUCUGAAACUGUGGGAGGACAUCCUGGCCUGCUACUACCUUCAACAGAGGAGAGACAAAGCUGAAGAGAUAGCCAGAGACCUUGUGGAAAAGGAUCCAAGUCCAAAACACUGGUGCAUUCUUGGGGAUGCAACUAAUGACAUCCAGUGUUAUGAAGAAGCAUGGAAAGUGUCUGAAGGCCAUUAUGCUAGAGCCAAGAGAUCCAUAGGCCUCCUGUUUUUUAAAAAGAAUAAGUAUGAAGAGUGCAUCAAACCCUUCCAAGAUAGUCUGCAAGUAAAUAGCCUGCAAGUAGAAGUCUGGAUGAGGCUGGCUUUUGCUGCCUUGGAGACCAGCAAGUGGGAAGUGGCAGCUUCAGCCUAUCGGAUGUGUGUCACUAUAGAAUAUGAUAACUUCCAGGCCUGGAAUAAUCUGAGCAAGGCGUACAUGAAUCUGGGACAGGCAGAACGAGCCUGGAAGACUUUGCAGGAGGCAAUUCGAUGCUGUUAUGAUGACUGGCACAUCUGGGAUAACUUCAUGUGGGUCAGUCUACAAUCUGGACAUCUCAGUGAGGUUUUUGAGGCUCAGAAUCGUCUUCUUGAUCUCAAAGAUCGACAUGUUAAUGUUGCAAUCCUUGCCAAAGCAGUAGACCACCUUUUGGAUAUGAGGAGCAAUAAUGAUAUUCAUUCUCCGCUUGAAAAGGCUAUCAAACUUCUUGGUCGCAUCACCAGUCAAGUGACAGCAGAGCCCAUGCUAUGGUUGAUCUAUUCUCGACUCCUGAGCAUGAAAGUUGAUAAGACAGAAGAAACUCAGCAGAGAUCCAUGCAGUAUCUUUCAAAGGCAUUGCAUUCUCAACUUCAAAGACCCAAUGUCUUGUCAGAUAUACCAUCCACCUUGCAGACAAUUUCAUUUGCAGAAGAACUUGGCCAAGGUGUGGAAUCAGUUGCAUCCCAAUGGUCCAACAAAACCCAAAGUCUUUCUCAAUUGAGCUCAGCCAAGUUGUCCAUCCAGGGGCUUAUUUCAAGGGUCAAGCAACAGCACACAAAAGCAGAAACAGGAGAGCUUCCUCAAGAACUCCAGAUCCCCAUCAGUGAUCUAGAAAAGUUAUCAUCAUCAAUCAUUGAUGCAAUUUCUGGAUUGAAGAAACUUGAAUCCUAUGAUUUGGUGUUUCAUUUUUCUCUCUCUGUGAGACGGUAA